AUGGCCAAUAGACAUCAGAACAACUCCAAAUCAUUCAGAUCCCUCGUUCCAAAUAUCGACAUGGGUCCUCUUCUAGGCACCCAACGCUCAUGGAACGAUAUCGAGAAAGCUGUGUCAGCAGAAAAGCAAAGAGAGGAAGCAAGCAAGUCGCCUGCCCAAAAAGCCAAGGAGCAGCAUGAACGAGAAGCAAAGCUUGCUAGACACGCUAGACGUAUGCAAAAUCGUGUCAAGAUUGAACGUAUGAGAGGAACACCAUGGGAUACCGAGCUAAAGGCGACAGAUAAAGCGGCGGAAAGUCUAUUCAAUUUCAUCAAAGCACAAGAACAAGCCCGACAUUCCAACAAAUGGGGAAGUAAGAUUGCAUCUAAACUCCAUUCGAAAGCAACACAAGAGCGAAUCGAAGCGGAUGCGAAACAGAUGCUAGUGUUGGAGAGGAACUUUGAUAUGGCUAGAAAGGCGGAAGAAGAGCGUUGGCUACAGGAACUAGGCGAGGAUCGCAGUGCGAGAAACGCCAAGAUACAUGUGGAGAGUUGUAUGACAUCAGUAAGUGGUCUACAACGAGGAGGCUCUUGGUGCGAGGACUGUCGGUAUGAUUGUGCACUUGCUUUUUAUGCGGAAGAGAAAGAGCAAAGUAGGCUUAGGGCUGAUUAUUAUCGAAAUUAG